ACAUCAUUAUUCAUAUCCCCCAUAGGCCCCAAAGCGGACAGCUGAUGAUUCAGUUUAGUUUUUCACUUUGAUUCAUUGUGUAGUUCUACGAUUUUUGGUGGGUCUGUAAAAUUAGAAACGUACUUUAAGUGGUUGGAAGAUUUUUUAAUACGCUGUCAAAUAAAGCGCAGUAAAAAGAUACAUAUUUAACGUGAGCCACUGACCAAAAUUGGUUUCUUCUUUAUUUGUGUGGGCGUUAAAGCGUGAGCAAACCACGCAAAUUGUCGCGUACAGUUGCUGACGUACCCGUCGCUGCUGGCAUAAUUGAGAUGAUCCAGCAGCCAGUGGAAAGGCGGAACGGUGGUGGCGGCAUCGAGGCCGCUGCCAGCGAUGAAACGGCACCAAUUGCUUCGCAUCGCAGCCGUGGGGCUUCCUCAAUGUUUCGUUCGUUCGGCUCAUUGUUUGGUGAAAAUAGUAACAACGUUGGCAGUAUGGGUAUACAUUCGCCAACGAAUGCAGCUGAACACGGCUAUGUGGAGUUCGGUAUGCAGGAUCCGGAUCGAAGCGGUCGCACACUGGGUACUUUUGCAGGCGUAUUCAGUCCAGUGGCAUUAUCAAUGUUCAGCGCUUUAAUAUUUAUACGUGUGGGUUUCAUUGUCGGUAACGCUGGUCUGUAUGUGACACUACUUCAGUUCGUUAUCGCUUAUCUAAUACUACUAUUUACCGUUGCAUCAGUUUGUGCAAUAUCCACUAACGGUGCCGUCGAAGGCGGUGGCGUCUAUUUUAUGAUAAGUCGUACGUUGGGCUUAGAAUUUGGUGGUUCGAUUGGUACGCUUUUCUUUCUCGCCAAUGUGGUGGGUUGUGCUAUGGCUAUAUCGGGUUGUACGGAGGGUAUGAUGGUGAACUUUGGCCCUGGCGGUUACUUUACUAAGGGCGAUAGUGGCUUAUUACCUGAUGGUACUUGGUGCCGCUUCCUUUUUUCUACAAUUAUAAAUACAUCAAUGUUGGUUGUAUGUUUGAUUGGAGCGGCACUUUUUGCUAAGACAUCGGUAUUAAUUUUGGGUACUGUGACAAUAUGUUUAUUGGCUACAUAUAUAAGUUUCUUGGCUGAAGGCGAAAAAGUGAUUGACAGACCAAAAGAAAAUGAAAUCUUUAAUGCCACCACAAAACUAAACUACACCGGUCUCAAGACAGAAACCCUAAUGGAGAACCUUUACCCACAUUAUGUUAGGGAUUACACCUCUGAUGGUAAAAUGGUUGAUUUUGCUACAACAUUUGGUGUACUCUUCGCUGGAGUUACUGGCAUUAUGGCUGGUGCUAAUAUGUCGGGUGAAUUGAAGAGCCCUUCGAGAAGUAUUCCAACAGGCACCUUAUCGGCAGUGGCUUUCACCUUUGUUUCGUACAUCUUACUCUCUUUCCUGAUGGCAUUUACCACACCGGCUGUAACUAUGCAAAAUAAUUAUCUCUUCUUAAUGCCAGUAAACUUUUGGCCACCAUUCACUGCCAUUGGUAUACUUACUGCUACCUUUUCCACGGGUCUCAGUAAUCUAAUUGGGUCAAGUCGGAUCUUGGAAGCUUUAUCGAAAGAUCAAGUAUUUGGUUCUCUACUGAACUUUGUAUUACGUGGCACCUGGAAGGGCAAUCCUGUUGCUGCGGUAUUCACUAGUUGGUUGCUUGUGGAAUGUAUACUGUUGAUUGGUUCCUUGAACGCAAUCGCACAAGUCAACUCUGUAUUAUUUAUGCUUUCAUAUUUAGCUACUAACUUGGCUUGUUUGGGCAUCGAAUUAACCGGUGCGCCGAACUUCCGUCCACUUUUCAAGUAUUUCACCUGGCACACUUGUCUCAUUGGUCUGCUUGGCACACUCAUCAUGAUGUUUGUUAUUAAUCCAAUAUAUGCUUCCUCCAGUAUUAUUUUGUGUCUGAUUUUGGUAAUUGCUUUACAUCUCUUCUCGCCGGCCUCACAGGGUACCCAGUGGGGUUCCAUUUCGCAAGCUUUAAUGUUCCAUCAGGUGCGCAAGUACUUGCUAAUGUUGGACUCACGAAAAGAUCAUGUGAAAUUUUGGCGUCCACAAAUGCUAUUGCUGGUAUCUUCGCCGCGUUCUUGUUGUCCACUUGUCGAUUUUGUUAAUGACAUGAAAAAAGGUGGUCUCUAUGUGAUUGGUCAUGUAAAAGUUGGCGACUACACGGCCGUCGUAGACCCAACGAUCGAGGACAACAAAUAUUGGCUUUCCUUCUUGGAUCAUAUGAAGGUGAAAGCAUUUGCCGAAGUAACGCUAGCUCAAUCCAUACGCGAAGGCGUACAACAUUUGAUACGUCUAUCCGGUAUUGGUGCAAUGAAGCCAAAUACCAUAAUUUUGGGUUUCUAUGACAGCGAAGUGCCGAAGGACUUCUUUGAAGCCGGCACCUCACCUUACAAGACCGAUGGCUUUAAUCAUGGCGAAAUUCAAAACUUUCCAAUACGUCGUGAUGGUGAAGAGAAGCAAAUCGAUGUUGCUGAAUAUGUUGCAAUUAUGUGCGAUGUGCUGCGUAUGAAGAAGAAUUUGUGCUUGUGCCGUCAUUUCCAUCGUUUGGAUAAGAACUUUAUUGCAAAAAGCAAACACUUGCGUUAUAUAGACGUUUGGCCAAUCAACGUUUUUAAUCCCAAUUCAAAUAAUCCUUUCGAUGUGGUCUCAUUAUUCAUGAUGCAAUUAGCAGUAAUUAUAAAUAUGCUUGCGAAGUGGAAACAUUUACGUUUGCGCGUAUUCCUAUGCGAAUCAAAUAAUGCACAAACAAAUGUUAGCUCAUUCGACACACAAAUGCCGCAGAUGGAUAUUUUCGCUAGAAUGAAACUAGAACAAUCACUGAAAAAUCUACGUAUUGAAGCAGACAUUAUUGAGAUUCAAGAAUGGAGCAGUGAAUCUGAUUUUACAACUCAUUCGCGCAUAUUAAAACAGUUUACAAGUCAUGCUGAUGAGGACAAUGAAGUGAUUACCGAGGAAAACCUUAAUCGUUCCAAGCUCUACAUGCAAAGAGCCAAUCAAAUAAUACGCGAGCGCUCGGAUCAGACUGCUGUUUCUUUUAUAUAUUUAGCGGCGCCACCACAAAUUGCCGCACCGGAUUUCAAUGAGCGCAGUGCACGUUACAUUGAGUUGCUUACAGAGUUGACUGCUGAAUUACCACCGACAAUUCUCGUGCAUGGCGUUAACACUGUUACCUCGACUACGCUUUGA